GGCUGUAGAGGUACGAUUGUCAGCGGCUCAGAUAGCCCGGAUCACUUUCCAGAUGGUGGCGAAUUUGCAGCCCGGCGCCACAUUGGAAGACGCCCAAAAGUAUCUUGAGAAGUAUGAAAAGGCGGUGGGUCGAGAAGGACGCAAACAUGGAGGUUGGUUCAGUCGAAUCAGGGGUCCCACCUACUCUCUUCAUGAGAGUGCCCUGACUCAAGCAACCAUCGUGAAGGAGCCUCUGGCCAGGGCAGAGCUCGUUGCGGGAGUCAUUGAUUGUAUUUGUGAUGGCGGGAUCAUGGCUGCUCCUGGAUUUGACUGGAAGAGUCUCUACGCCGAGCUGAAAAGGGCCUUUCUGGAUCUUGCAGCAGAGGUCCAGCAAGGGCUGAGAGACAAGACCGAGACGCAGGACUUCAUUGAGUCCUUCCUGCAGCUGAUUGAGAACAAUAGCUGGAGCUACGUCACUGGUCCUCCGGAGCACAACUUCGCUGCAGAGGUCCUGGGCGAUUGGGCUGCGCUGUGCCAGGAGACCCGGAAGGAGCUGAACAGGGAGCUGACGAAGGAAGAAAGGAAGGCGCUGGAGCGGCAGAAAGUGCAGAAGGAAGUGGAUGCAGCUGAAGCUCAGCUGGUGGAGAGGAAGAAAGAGGUGGAAACUGCCAAGCAGAAGCUUAAGGAGUGCGAAGCUUCGGAGAAGACCGCGUUGGACCUUGUGAAGAAGGCUCGGGCCAAGCUCCCCAAAGCAUCCAAAAAGGCGACGCCCAAAACGAAGGCGAAGUCGAAGCCCAAAGCGGCCGGGAUGAAACGACCUGCGGCACCAAAGAAAGCACAGAAGAAGGUGAAGAUGACUGUGAUGAAGCGACCUUCAAAGGCUAAGGGAUGACCGACCUGCCCAAAGGUGGCAGAAUUCAUGGUUUUUUGGGCCAUGGAAGGUUAAUGAAUGUGGUGAAGGAGCCAUAGAACUUGCAGUGAGUU